AUAACUUGAGCAAUCACCUACACAAAGAUCAUCAAAGCAGCAUGAUGCUCGUCAACCUCGCCCUCUCGUUGCUGGCGCUGAUGCUCCCUUCGGGAACAGAUUCUCCCCAUCGCGUGCGGUAUUUCUAUGCCGGGGGCGAGUACACUCCACUGCCAGCCACCGGCGAGCACAUUCGCACCGGCCAGAUUUAUGUGGAGAAACUGACCCCCACGCGAGUCAUUCAACCUUACCCCAUUGUCAUGAUCCACGGACAAGCCCAGACUGGGACUAACUGGCUGAACAAACCGGACGGUCAACCGGGAUGGGCCUCCUACUUCCUGGCCCAGGGCUACGAAUGCUACCUCCUUGACCAACCCUUCCGCGGUCGCAGUCCCUGGCAAUCGUGGAAUGGAGCGCUGGAGACUUAUUCGGCAGAGCACCUGCAGCGGUACUUCACGGCUCCGGAGCACUAUGAGCUAUGGCCCCAAGCCAAGCUGCACACCCAGUGGCCGGGGUCUGGGGUGAUGCACGACCCGAUCUUCGAUGAGUAUUACGCCAGCACCGUGCCCUUUGUCAGCGACAACGUCCUCCAAGAGACCGCCAUGCAGAAAGCGGGCGCUGCGCUGCUCGACCAGAUCGGCACGCCAGUGAUCCUUCUGGCACAUUCCCAGGGCGGCAUCAUGGCCUGGUUGUUAGCCGAUCAGCGCCCGGAUCUCGUGCAAUUGAUCGUCUCCCUUGAACCAGGCGGUCCUCCGUUUCGCAACGCUGCCUUUGGCAACGGGACCGCCCGCGCAUAUGGGUUGACGGACAUCCCCAUCGCCUACACGCCUGCAGUGGUCGAUCCCGCAACCGACUUGGUGACGACUACCAUCCCCGCCACCCACCCGGAUGAAGUGGGCUGUUUGAUGCAAGCGGAAAGCCCGCCUCCGCGUCAGCUGGCGAAUUUGCAACGAACGCCCGUGGUGCUGGUCACCUCCGAGGCAUCGUAUCAUGCGCCGUACGACUGGUGCACCGUCCGUUUUCUGCGCCAAGCGGGCGUGAGCACCGAGCAUGUGCGGUUGGCGGACUGGGGUCUUCGUGGGAAUGGCCAUAUGAUGUUCUUAGAAACGAACAGUGAUGACAUUGCAGCGCUGGUGCACGAAAGGAUCCAAAGCUUCAAUUGAGUGGCAAGCAAUGAGUGUGGCAGUCGUGGGGUAUAGUCGCUGUGUUGUUUUACCGCGGAUCCAGAAUGGUUUUUUUGACCGCUUGUCAAGAGACAGACUGCACGGCGGCGUGAAUUGCCCGAUCUGGACAUGUCACCCACUUGCCCGCAUCCUCAAGCCACCAAGUCACCCAUAGAUAGAAAGUAACAUAAUUAUAAGCUCAUGGUCUACCAAC